AUGCGUCUUCAAGCAUGCGUUUUGUUGCUAGCCCACUUGUCAAGGACACUAGCCAAUGUGACUUCAGAUUACUACAUCAGCUCGCUGCCAGGUCUGAACUGGCCUUCUGAAAAUAAUCUCAAGAUGCAUGCUGGUCAUAUUGAGCUGAGUGCAGAGUUCCAUGGCAACAUGUUCUUUUGGCAUGUUGCCAACAAACAUAUUGCUGACCGUCGGCGGACUGUCAUAUGGCUGAAUGGUGGGCCUGGGUGUAGCAGUAUGGAUGGCCUUUUCCUUGAGGUCGGGCCUUUCCAGUUCAGUGAAGAUGGACAGACCCUUGUAGAGCGCAAAGGCAGCUGGCACGAGUCUGCAAACUUGCUCUUUGUGGAUAAUCCUCUCGGCACAGGAUUCAGCUAUAUUGACACUGACGCGUACUUGACUGAGCUUGACCAGAUGGCGGGUCAAUUCCUGCUCUUCCUUGAUAAAUUUAUCGAUUUAUUCCCUGAAUACGAGCAAGAUGAUUUGUACAUUGCUGGAGAGAGCUACGCAGGUCAGUUCAUCCCUUACAUUGCUCAGGCUAUGCUCAAGCGAAACGAAAACGCAACUGAAAGGCAGCGCAACAACUUACAAGGCAUCAUGAUUGGCAAUGGUUGGAUCGAUCCAAUGACUGGUUACGACUCGUACUUGCCAUUUGCCCUCGCCACCAAGCUUAUUGAGGAAAAGAGUCCUCAGCAUGAUGCUGUGCAAGAGCAUCUGGAUCAAUGCCAUGAAGCUGCCAAGACACAAGGCUAUGGUGUGAAUUUGUUUCAGUGUGAGAGUAUCCUCAAUAAAGUACUCGAAGUGACCCUCAAGAAAGAUGACGCGGGCGCGAAUGUGUGUAUCAACAGCUACGAUAUACGCAAGACAGAUACUUACCCAUCUUGUGGCAUGAAUUGGCCAAGUGAGUUGACUCACAUGACACCAUAUCUACAGCGGCCUGAUGUUGUUCAUGCCAUUCACGCUGAUAGCCUAAAGAAGGGCUGGAUCGAGUGCAAUGGUGCCGUGUCCAGUACGUUCCGUGCUCGCAAAUCACGACCCAGCGCAGAACUCUUUCCCCAGCUCGUCAAGCAGAUCCAAGUAUUGCUCUACAGCGGGGAGCAAGAUUUGAUAUGCAACCAUAUCGGUACAGAGACUUGGCUUGCAAAACUCGACUGGAAUGGCUAUACGGGCUUUGACGAUGGUGAGCACCAGGAGUGGGACUUUCGAGGCCAAGACACGGGUUACUACAAGUCAAGCAGGAAUUUGACAUAUGUCUUGUUCAAAGACGCUUCGCACAUGGUGCCGUACGACAAAAGUCUCGAAUCACUGGAUAUGCUGAAUCGCUUCUUGGGUGUCCCUGCAGAGUAUCUCGAUAACCCUGGUACAGUUGGUUCCAAGGCCAAGUCAAGGCCAGUGAGCGCACCUGUAGCUGAAUCGCCUACUGUUGAAGGUCCACCGGCAAAGGAAGAAGCUCAAACAGAGGAUGCGGCAAAGGCAAAAGCGGCACGUUUCAAAGCUUACUAUAAAGCAGGCGGUGGAGCACUGGUUGUGAUUAUUCUGCUGGCUGGCGGUCUGGGCUACUAUGUCUGGCGCAGCCGCAAGAACAAGGGCUUCUUGGGCCGCAGAAAGGGUAGCGGCCACGCUGCUGCUCGCAGUGAUGCUGACGAAACAGAGCUGCAGGCUUUGGUAGGAGAAUCUUGCACUUCACGAAUGACGCUAACAGCCAGACAUCUGAGCCCAUCUUUGAUAGCGAGAUGGGAGAUAUUGAUGAGAUGGAGGCCAGUUUUGCCAUUGGUGGGCAUGAUGACAGUGACGAUGAUAUUCAACGGCACCGUUCGCAUCGUGACUAGAGCUGCAGCCAUACGCGAUAGAGUUGUUCCUUGCAAUGUUCCAAUAGUCGCAAUCUUCAACUUCUGUGCCAUCUGA